GACAGCUCAUUCAGCCUCUCGUCGGUCAGCCGGAGAGGCCCGUGUGACGUCGAUGCCACAACACGCCAUAGUUGAUGAAUGACGAGCUCCACCAAUCUGCUGUCUGAGCCGGUGACGCUCACUAAUCUGGAGAGGGUGGCUGAGCUGCACUGCGGCUCACGCAGCAGCGUGUGGGUGGUCCGCAACAGAAAGAACGACAGCCAACUGUUCGCACUCAAGGUGGGAAUUUCACACAGAAGGCCAGGGCUCUGGUCAUUGGCAGUGUGUGUGUGUGUGUGUGCAGGAGAUCUUUCUGGAUGAGUUGACGACGGCCAAGCAGGCCGAGCAUGUGUGGAAUGAGCGAAGGGCACUGGAGGAAACCACUGCUGCCAAUAUCAAGGGCAUCAACCACCUGUAAGUCACGCCGUGCGAAUGCACUAACACUCAUCUGUGCGUGUGUCUGUGUGUCCCGUGUAUAUGCAGUGUAUCCACAUUCAAGGAUCCCUCUGCAUUAUAUUUCUUGCUCGAGUACGUCCCUGGUGCGGCCCUCUUUACGCACAUUCGGUGCGAGAAGGGAUUCGACGUAGACAAAACCAGAUUCUACGCUGCAGAGGUGCGCACACACACUCAGCUGUAUGGAUCUCCUCUGCGAAGGAACGUGUGUGUGUGUGUGUGUGUGUGGCAGCUGGUGUUGAUACUUGAGCGGCUGCAUGGGUUGGGGUGGGUGUAUCGUGACCUCAAGGCGGCCAACGUGAUCGUCACGCGCACAGGCCACCUCAAGCUGGUGGACCUGGGCAUGGCCAAAAAGAUCCACAACAAGUAAGACCUAAAGGCGCACACCCACACGCACAUGGGUGCCCCCAUCUCUGUAGUGUGUGAAUGUCAGUCGCACUCAUUCGAUUUGCGGCACUCUCCACGCGAUGGCGCCCGAGAUGUUCGGGCAAGAGGUGGAUGCAGAUCGGUUAGGCGACGAUGAUGGCGAGGCUGCCGCUGCUGCCGGUGGGGCUGGGUAUGGCCUGGCUGUGGAUUGGUGGGGUUUGGGCGUCAUUGUCUAUGAGAUGAUCGUCGGGUAAGGAGCCCAUAGAGAGGAUGUGUGUGCCGCGUCCACUCCUAUCUGUGUAUGCUGUGUGGCUGCAGGGACGCCCCAUUUGGCUACCGUGACUUCGAGCAACAGGGGUACCUGAGCAUCCUGGCACAUACACACUCAGGCACCAACACACUGUGUCUGUCCGUGUGUCUGGGUGUCUGCAGUGAUGGUCCGUCAGGCCGCAUAGAGGAGUUGGCAAGGCGGUCGCCGGAAAGCAUUCGCUUCCCACCCCGAUGCAAGAUCGAUGCACACACAAGGGACUUCAUCACCAACCUGAUGCAGGUGAGGCGGGUGGCUCUGUGUUACGCAUGUGCCCAUGUGUCUUGCCGUCUGUCUACAGGCCGAUGAGACCAAGCGGCUGGGGUACAAUGGUGCGGCAGAGGUCAGAAAACACCCGUUCUUCCAGGUAAUGGCAGAACACACGUGUAUCUAUCGUUUGCACAGAUUCACGUGCGUUAGGGUUUCGUGUGGUCGUCCCUGACUGACCCGACUGCCGUGCCGCCAUUCGACAAGAAACUCGGGCACAACGAAGAGGUGCGUCGAUCAAACCACCAACCCGUUCACACUCUCGUGUUCCUGUCCGUGUACACGUGUCUAUACGUAUGUGUGUGUGUGUAUGUGUGCAGGGUGUGGCCGCUGAUGACGACAGCAGCUCCGACAGUGCCAGCAACAGGCGCAGCAGCCAGAAGACCACCGCGUCGCGGGAGGCGCAGGACAUAUUUGCCGACUUUUAGCUGCAUGCACUGGUGGGAUGACGUAAUGCGCAUGAUGCGCAUGAAAAAUCGGC